ACUAAAUAAGAAGGAACAGGAGAUAGAAAAUGGACCACAUGCACUCGGAUAUACAUGGGAGUCAGAGGUUAUUUCAAAAGAAUUAAAUGACAGAGGAGGGGCAUAGACAGCAAGCUGUAUACCCUCAUCCGCCAUCGCUUCUUCUCUCGUGCGUCUCCUCCUUUAUCCAUUAUUGGCCUCCGUACGGACGCUCCUGAGCUCCUUUCUGCAUCCAUCCAUCCCUUUCAUCAUUCUCUUCCUAAUUCUCUUCUCUUCAUUUCUCCUAGCUUCCUGGCUUUUUGUGUCCCUCGCUAUUUCCCAAUUCCCUUCCCUUUCAGCUUCACAUGGGCUGAUUAAGCUCUCCGCAGACAAACACGCAAAAGCAACUUGAUUUGUCGUCGUCUAGCUUGCGUAGACGUUUGAGAAGACUGAUUAUAAUAUACUCAACAUCUUUUUCUUUGUGGGAAUUGAUAGUGAGAUAUGGGGACGUUCUUUCAUGGAGGCAGUUCAGAAAUCCAACCCUCUGGUGCUCCUGCCGCCGCCGGAGACGGCUUCCACACCCUUUACCUUCUCAACCCCGCCACCGCCGGCCCCUACGUUCCCUACUCCGGUUCGAACCCCCAUCCUCAAUCGACGGCCGGCGUGCUUCUUCUCAAUCCCGGCUCUCCCCCAAACGCCCUCAACCUCGCCGCCCUCCCCAACGCGCCGCCUCCUUCAUCCUCCGACCACGAUCCCUCCCGACCUUCCUUUCUUGGACACGAAAUCUCCUCCUUCCACGGCUUCACCGCCCCGGCUGCUCCUCCUCGGGUCCACUACAACCUCUGGGGCUCCAUGAUUGAUCCCCACCCGACAUCAGCCGUGGCAACAGCGUCUAGCAGUUCCGGUGGGGUUCAGUCCGCCUCCGCCGCCCUAGACGCGUCGCCCCAUUUGAGUUUCAGGAGGCCUUCUCAGCAGGGUCUGUCCCUCAGCCUUUCGUCUCAACAAACAGCUUAUAGGUCGCUUUCCGGCGAGCUUGACGUUCCCGGACACCCUCAUCAUGCUGCUGCCAUAUCGACCUCGAACUGUGAUGAUGUGCGGAUUCUGGUUCCGAGUAAUCAUGUUUCUUCAAAUGGAAUUUCUAGCGUGCAGAGUUUUGUUUUGGGAUCCAAGUAUUUGAAAGCAGCUCAGGAGGUUUUGGAUGAGGUUGUCAAUGUGGGUAAGGGAAUCAACCAAGAGGUGGCUGUGAAAGAGAAGACGGAACCAAAUAAACAAUCAACAUCUGGUGGGCAUCGUGACGGUUCAAGUGGUGGUGAUGGAGGAGGAGGAGAAAAUAGUGAAAAUGGGAAGCAAGGAAGUGAGCUCGGUGCGGCACAGAGACAAGAACUUCAGAUGAAGAAGUCCAAGCUUGUCGCCAUACUUGAUGAGGUGGAACAGAGGUACAGACAGUAUCACCACCAAAUGCAGAUAGUGAUAGCGUCAUUCGAGCAGGCAGCGGGAUAUGGUGCAGCAAAAACAUACACGUCCCUUGCCUUAAAGACCAUCUCAAAGCAGUUUCGAUGUCUCAGAGACGCAAUCGCUUCACAAAUAAGAGCAACAAGCAAGACCUUGGGUGAGGAUGAUUGCUUGGGAGCUAAGGUAGAAGGUUCGAGGCUGAGGUUCGUGGACCACCAUCUUCGGCAGCAACGGGCUUUGCAGCAGCUGGGAAUGAUCCAGCACAACGCUUGGAGACCCCAACGAGGCUUACCUGAACGAGCUGUCUCCAUUCUUCGUGCUUGGCUCUUCGAGCAUUUUCUUCACCCCUACCCCAAGGACUCCGAUAAAGUUAUGCUCGCAAAACAAACUGGACUUACUCGUAGCCAGGUGUCAAACUGGUUCAUAAAUGCAAGAGUUCGGCUAUGGAAACCAAUGGUGGAAGAAAUGUACGUGGAAGAAAUGAAAGAUCAGCAAGAAGGGAAUAAGGAGGUGGGGUCAAGCCGUAAGGAUUCACAGCCACAAGAAUCAGGUGGGUUUCGGCUUGAACAUCAGAUGAGACGCUUCCAAUCAAAUCCAGAUCAAAGCUUCAAUAAACAAAUAACUACCCAAACCAACACCUCAAAUUCCUCAAUCUACCUUCAACCACAUUCUUCAGGAUUCCCAGUAGCUGCAGGGUCGUCGUCUCAUCAUCAUGACAAGAUGCAAAUAAGAAGCCCCAAAAAGCCAAGAAGUUCAGAAGUGAUGAACAACUCUCCAAGCAGUAUCCUGUCGGUGGACAUGGAAAUGAAGCCUGGAGACACAGACAGAUCAGAAGGCACCGCAAAGUUUGGCAUGGAAAGGCACCCGUUGAUAAGUAAUGGGAAUGGAGGAGGAUAUGGAGGGUUCACCAUGGAAGACAUGGGAAGGUACAGUGUGGCUGACCACCUGGCUCCGAGGUUCCACGGAAAUGGAGUGUCUCUCACUCUUGGACUUCCUCACAGUACUGACAAUCUUCCCCACCAUGGAUUUCUGUCGCACAAUAUGAAUUUGACAGCUGAAGGAACCGACUUCUGUGCAAUCAAUGCUCCACAACCUCAUUCCAACACCAAUUAUGACAAUAUGGAUCCCAUUCAGAGCAGAAAGAGGUUUGCUGCCCAGUUAUUGCCAGAUUUUGUGGCCUGAUGACCGUUCGUGGCAGGCUAGCUAGGACGCGUCCACGACUGAUUUCACUUAGCUUCCGUGUGUGUUCUUUCCACACUGACUUAGCACAACACUCGGCUAGCACACCCGCGCGUUGAUCCUUUACUAUCCCUUUUGUUAUUUUCGUUCGCUAAUAUUAUAAGUUGUAGCCAGCCAAUAUAUUGCCAAGCAGCUUAUAGAAUUUAUAUAGUUGGGGAGGGGAUAAUAUUUUAUAUGCAUGGUAUAUAUAGAAGCAUUAAUAAUUAGUUUGUAAAAAAUUAGGGUAUUUUUUCUGUUAUUUUUGUUUGAAAUUUGAAGGGUUUUGCGCUUGCAUGUUAA